CCCCGGGCCGCCCUGCCCUGCCCUGGGUGCCCGCCCGCGGAGCCGCGGUGGGGCCCAAGGCCGGGUCCGGGCGGGCCGUGACGGUGGAGGUGGGCGGCAGAAAGAUGGAGCUGUCUUCUGGAAAACUUGCAAAGUUUGCUGAUGGAUCUGCUGUUGUUCAGCUAGGUGACACAGCAGUGAUGGUCACAGCAGUCAGCAAAACCAAGCCCUCUCCAUCUCAGUUUAUGCCAUUAGUGGUUGACUACCGACAGAAAGCUGCUGCAGCAGGAAGAAUUCCUACAAACUAUCUAAGAAGAGAGCUUGGUUCCACUGACAAAGAAAUUCUUACAAGCAGAGUAAUAGAUCGGUCUAUCAGACCACUCUUCCCUGCAGGCUACUUUUAUGAUACACAGAUCCUUUGUAAUCUUUUAGCAGUAGAUGGUGUCAAUGAUCCUGAUGUUCUGGCGAUUAAUGGAGCUUCUGCAGCACUUGCCUUGUCUGAUAUCCCCUGGAAUGGUCCUAUUGGUGCAGUGAGGGUAGGGCUGGUGGAUGGAGAGACUGUUAUCAAUCCAACUCGAAAAGAGAUGGCCUCUAGUGCUCUAAAUUUAGUUGUUGCUGGAGCUCCACAAAGCCAAGUUGUUAUGUUGGAAGCAACCGCUGAGAACAUCUUGCAGCAAGACUUCUGCCAUGCCAUCAAAGUGGGGGUGAAGCAGACCCAGCAGAUCAUCCAGGGCAUUCAGCAGCUGGUGAAGGAGCAGGGCGUGGUCAAGAGAACUGUCCAGAAAUUAUUUAUUGCUCCUGAAGAAAUUGUGGAACUUGCAAAGAAACUUGCUUCUAACAAGAUCUAUGCAGUGUUCACAGAUUCAAGCCAUGAUAAAAUUUCAAGAGAUGAGGCAAUCAACAAAAUAAGGCUCGAAACAGAAGAACAUCUGAAAGAAAAAUUUCCGGAGGCUGAGCCUUACGAAAUCAUGGAAUCUUUCAAUGUGGUUUCAAAGGAUAUUUUUAGAAAUCUUGUGCUAAGUGAAUAUAGAAGGUGUGAUGGGAGAGAUUUGACUUCCCUCAGAGACAUUAAAUGUGAAGUGAACAUGUUCAAAAUGCUUCAUGGAUCAGCCUUAUUUCAAAGAGGUCAAACACAGGUUCUGUGUACAGUUACAUUUGACUCUCUAGAAUCGAGUGUAAAAUCAGAUGUUAUCUCCACAGCAGUGAGUGGAAUAAAAGAUAAAAACUUCAUGCUGCAUUAUGAGUUUCCACCUUAUGCAACCAAUGAGAUUGGCAAAGUUACUGGGAUGAACAGAAGAGAACUUGGACAUGGUGCACUGGCAGAACGAGCUUUGAAACCAGUUAUACCCCAGGAUUUCCCAUUCACAAUCCGAGUUACUUCUGAAGUCUUAGAAUCAAAUGGGUCCUCCUCAAUGGCUUCUGCGUGCGGUGGAAGUUUGGCACUAAUGGAUGCAGGAGUUCCAGUGUCAAAUGCAGUGGCAGGUGUAGCCAUAGGCCUCGUUACCAAGUGUGCUCAGGGCAAAGGGGAUAUCGAGGACUAUCGCCUGCUGACAGACAUUCUGGGAAUUGAGGAUUACUAUGGAGAUAUGGAUUUCAAGAUGGCAGGCACCAGUAAAGGGAUAACAGCACUGCAGGUUGAUCUCAAGCUGCCAGGAAUACCAAUAAAAAUUGUGGUGGAAGCUAUUCAGCAAGCUACAGCUGCAAAGAGGGAGAUUUUACAAAUUAUGAACCAAACACUGUCAAAACCCAGACCUAACAGAAAAGAAAGUGGACCAGUUGUAGAAACUAUCCACGUUCCAUUAUCAAAAAGAUUAAGAUUCGUUGGUCCUGGGGCUUAUAAUUUGAAGAAGCUUCAAGCUCAGACUGGAGUGACUGUAAGUCAGCUGGAUGAGGAGACAUAUUCUGUGUUCGCCCCCACGCCGGGGGCAAUGCACGAAGCCAGGGAAUUCAUCGGGGAAAUCUGCAAAGAUGAUCAAGAAGUUAAUUUGGAAUUUGGGGCAAUUUAUACAGCCACAAUUACUGAAAUAAGAGAUUCUGGAGUGAUGGUAAAACUCUACCCAAACAUGACCCCAGUAUUACUUCAUAAUUCACAGCUGGAUCAAAGAAAGAUUAAACACCCUAGUGCCCUGGGAUUAGAAGUUGGACAAGAAAUUCAGGUUAAAUACUUUGGCCGUGAUCCCACUGAUGGCAGAAUGAGGCUUUCACGUAAAAUUCUGCAGUCCCCAGCCAGCAGCACCCUGAAAACCCUGACAGACAAAAACAGCAUUGUCCUGGGAGGGGCUGUUCCACAGACAUCCACCUCAUCCCAGUGACAG